AUGAUUGCUAAAAUUUUUCUUAUCAUUACUCUCUUGUGCGUUUCUCGAGCAGAAGACUGCCUCGAAUGUAUCUGUAAUCGUGAAUCAGGAUGUGCUCCUGUCGGAUGUGGUAUGGAUGAGGGAUCACACUGCGGAUUCUACCAAAUCCAGCUCCCCUACUACGAGGACUGCGGCACUCCUGGACGCGGUGAAGGUGAAGAUGUGACAGCUGCUUGGCAGAGAUGUGCCAAUGAUUAUGACUGCGCCACUCAAUGUGUCCAGGCUUACUACGAACGCUACAAGGAUAAUUGCGAUGGGACUGGGCAAGGACCAUGCGAGGUUAUGUCUCGUCUACACAACGGUGGCCCCGAAGGAUGCCAUAAAUCAGCUACCGAUGGUUAUUGGGAUGCUAUCCAAAGUUGCUGCGGCUGCUCUUAGGCUGCUUUCAUAGGAUGAUAAGAGAUCAAAACAGCAUAUGACCGACAAAUUUUGAAUUGACGCAUUCCUGCAUUUUCUAUUCAGUUCACCAAAGCUUUUUUUGAAAAUCCUAUCGUGAGGGUCGCUUGCAGUCUGAAGGAUUUUUUGUUUUAUGGCCCUAGCAACAAGUUUACUCCAAAGGAAGCACGAUUUUUUAGCUUGUCAAAUCUCUCUUUUGCAUUUUAUUUUGGAUUGUGCUGUGGUUCUACUUACUUUUUUCAUACUUUUUAUGUGUUAUGACUUCUCUUGCC